AUGUAUCUACUGAUUUACAUUCUCUUUACAUUUAUACUCACAACCCUUGCAUCCAAAACCCAUGAAUUCAAUUGGGAUAUAUCUUGGGUAGAUUCAAAUCCCGAUGGAUUACAUCCACGGCGUAUGAUUGGGAUAAAUAAUCAAUGGCCAUUACCUACUAUUAGAGUAUCUAAACAUGACAGAGUCAUAAUUCACAUAACCAACAAUUUAGGAGACCGUAAUACUUCCUUACAUUUCCAUGGAUUAUUUAUGAAAGGAUAUGCAGCUCAUGAUGGACCUGAAUUUGUCACACAAUGUCCUAUUCCUCCAGGAGCUACUUUUACUCAUGAUUUCAAUGUUGGUGAACAAACUGGUACAUUCUGGUAUCAUUCUCAUACUGGAUCACAAUAUGGAGAUGGAUUGAGAGGGAUCUUUAUUAUUGAAGAUGAUUAUGGAGUAGAAUAUGAUGAAGAGGUUGUAUUGUCGAUUGGAGAUCAUUAUCAUUUAGAAAGUUUGGAAAUUAUGAAAUCAUUUAAAUCAAGAUUUAAUCCAACUGGAGCAGAACCAAUUCCUCAAAGUAGUUUAUUUAAUGAAACUAGAAAUGUUACUUGGGAAGUUCAACCCGAUAAGACUUAUUUCUUGAGAUUAGUUAAUAUGGGUUUAUUUGUUUCACAUUACGUAUAUAUUGAAGAUCAUUCCUUUACAAUUCUAGAGGUUGAUGGGAUCAAAGUUGAACCAUAUACUGUUGAAUCAUUAUAUAUAUCAGUAGCGCAGAGAUAUGUUGUUUUAGUUCAUACUAAAGCAAAAUCACAGGCUAAACCAAAUUACAGAUUUGUUAACAUAUUUGAUCAAGAAAUGUUAGAUUUCAUUCCAGUUGGUUUAGAAUUAGUAUCAACUAAUUGGGUGGUCUAUGAUAAGUCAGAACCACUAUUGAAACCAUUGCCACCUUAUGACUAUGACAAAGCUGUAGAUCGUUUAACUAAAUUCAAUGAUUUCCAUUUAAGACCAGUUGGAGAUAUUAAAUUAUUACCAGAACCUGAUAUUACUAUCCAAGUGAAUUUCUCAAUGGAAGUACUUGGUGAUGGAGUUACUUAUGCCCUCUUUAAUGGAAAGACAUAUACUCCACCAAAAGUGCCCACACUUUAUAGUGUUUUAUCUUCAGGUGAACAAGCAACUAAUCAAUUAGUAUAUGGUACAAAUACCAAUUCAUUUAUAAUUCAAGGCAAUGAAGUUGUUGACAUUGUUUUAAAUAAUCAUGAUCCUGGAAAGCAUCCUUUCCAUUUACAUGGACAUGCAUUCCAAGUAAUUUCAAGAUUUAAUACUGAUGAUGAAGAAAAUCCAAUUAGUUUUGAUCCCAAUAAUAAAACCAUGACUAAUUAUCCUAAAUAUCCUUUGAUUAGAGAUACUGCUCAAGUUGAACCUAAUGGAUUUAUUGUACUUAGAUUUCAAUCGAAUAAUCCUGGUGUUUGGUUUUUCCAUUGUCAUUUAGAUUGGCAUUUAGAACAAGGAUUAGCGAUAUUGUUGAUUGAAGAUCCGAUGGAAUUACAGAAAUCACAAUCAAAGAUCCCCCAGAAUCAUAUUGAUGUAUGUAAUGCUGCGGGAGUUCCAUAUAAAGGAAAUGCAGCUGGUAAUGCUGAAGAUUUCUUGGAUUUAACAGGAGAAAACUUGCAAUUUAAAGAUUUACCUUUAGGGUUUACAUUAAAAGGUUAUAUCGCUUUUAGUGUUUGUACAUUAUUUGCAAUUUAUGGGUUAUUUUCAAUUUAUAAAUAUGGUAUGGAAGAUGUUAGUAAAGAUAAUUCAAUUGUGGUUAUUGAAAGAUUAUACCGUAUUCUUGAGGAUGCAGGUAUCAUUGGUUUAUAUACCACCUUCAGUUUGAUUGAAAAAGGAGUCAAUCCAAAAGAAAUCACAAUUAUCGCCCAACAUUUACCUGGGGAUGAAUCUAUAAACUAUACUUCUCCAUACGCAGGUGGUAACUUUUCAUGUAUCACCGGUGAUGACCCAGAAACUUUAGAAUAUGACAGAUAUACCUAUGUUAAUGUCGGACGUGUUCAAAGGGCCGUUGGUGGGGAAACUAAAGGAUUAGAUAGAUAUCCUUCUAUUGAAAUGUGGGAUAAGAAACCUUCUCAAAAGAAGAUCGACUCUUUGGCUAGUUAUUUAGAGGAUUAUGAAGUUAUCCCAACUAAAGAUUUACCUAAUGGAGUUGAAUUUGGGAUUAAAUUCUUAUCUUGGAAUUUCAAUUGUCCAAAAUUCUUAUUUAAUUUCCAACAAUAUUUAGAAAGACAAGGUGUUACAUUCAUUAGAAGAGAAUUAACCCACAUUGUCCAAGCUUACAUUUCUGGCUCAACCAAAAACGUUAUCAAUUGUAGUGGUAUUGGCGCUAGAUCUCUUGGCGGUGUUGAAGAUAAGAAUGUAUACCCCGCAAGAGGACAAGUUGUCGUUAUCAAAGCUCCUCAUAUUAUGGAAAAUAAAAUGAGAUGGGGUGAUGAUUAUGCCACUUAUAUUAUCAAAAGACCAUAUUCUCAUGAUCAAUUGAUCUUGGGUGGAUUUUUCCAAAAGGAUAAUUGGACCGGUGAUACUUUUAAAUCAGAAUCUGAAGAUAUUCUUAAAAGAACUACUGAAUUAUUACCUAAGAUUUUAACUGAAAAUCCUCAUGGUUCAAAGAUUUCUGAUUUGGAAAUUAUUAGAGUUGCUGCUGGUUUGAGACCAAGUAGACAUGGUGGGGCUAGAAUUGAGAAGGAAAGAUUCGAUGAAGGGAAAGUCUUGAUUCAUAAUUAUGGUGCAAGUGGAUAUGGAUAUCAAGCAGGGUUUGGUAUGGCUCAUAGAGCUGCAAAGUUAGCAGUUGAAGGAAGUAAAUUGUAG